UUUCACGUGAGCAAGAUAAGAAGAGAUUCAUCACCACGAGGCCUUUAUUAAUUCUAUGUCUUUCACGAGGCUGACACAAUUCUAUGCCUAUACCUUGAUGUGCACUUGUGCUGCUGGUUUUGUGGUAUAUUGCGCGUGAAGCACGGACGCAGUCACUGAGACAAUGAUAACGCAUGCGUACGUGCGUUAUCAGGAUGACCGCAGAUGUGCGGUCGUUAAAAUUGAAGACAUCCGAGGGUUCAAGGCAGACGACGACUUCCGGACAACAUUUUAUAAUGUCAAGUGGACCGAUAAGGAUGGUGAAGCGCACUUUUAUCGCGCCAGAAUUCUUCUCGUCGGGGAGUCUGAGGAUGACCUAAAAACAAGAUGAAAAGUGGGCGAGUCAGAAUCCGAAGAAUCCUCAGUAGUAGCGAUAGUGACAGAAGCGACAAGAAAGUCGCAAUGCAGACAGAGAAAAAAACACGGGAAGGGCCCAGCAAUACACUGUUGGACAUACUGGCCUCAAAAAAGAAAAAGCUCACGCAGAAAGACCAUACAGAACAAAAAACGCAACUGUCAGCAGCCCAGGAAGAAGUGGCCCGCCUUAGCUCGACAGUCAAACAUCAGGAGGAAGAGCUUCAAGAGCUGCGGGCUCUAAAUAGAGAGCUGCAGCAAAAGCUGCUCCACUCAAUGGACUGCAUGCAAGCCAAUUCAUCUCGAGCACCGCAGCUUGCACUGCCACCAGCACAAACAACACACCGUGGGAGAUUGUUGCCGGAGCUAUUGGCACAGGAGCCGGAGCUGCCUGAUACAACUGACACUGGUAGCGGAAUCCGAAUUGCAAGCUCUGCGUGGAGGCGUAUACAGGACAAUCCGAAAGAUUCGAUGUUCGUGAAAGACCUUCUCACAGCAGUGUGGAGCCCAGCAGAGUUGCUUGGCCGGUCUCUGCAUGGAAAGCACUGUCCACGCUUUCCUGACCACCCGAGAAAAGUGCCACUGUCGCCGUUGAAAGUGUCGGUGAUACGUGAAUGCUACAAGGAGCGAUUGCACAAGAAAGGACUGGUGGCCGACAUGAUGCCUGGGGCGUUAAAACAGAUGAAUCACUUCAUUGUCAAAAAAAUAAGUGAGAUCGAGAGGAUGGCCAAAAGAGCGACCAAGGAGCUGCCAUAAGGAAACCAUGAGAAGAACCUGCGACUGAACCUACCUGCAGCAGUAUUUAUUUAUUUGUGUAAGUAAUGUAGAAACGAUGGAAUGCAGGCUUUAAGGCGCAAACACCAGGAGAGAAGUAAGUAGACGGACACAACACAGACUUUAGAGCCUUCGUGCAUGCUCUGAAUGAGCUAAAAAUAUCGCUUGUUUUGCUUUGUUUCAUUAAACUGGGUUCCAUCGUUUCUACGUGUAACAACAGGCCCAGCAACACACGCUACUCUUUUGUGUAAUAAAGUUUCAUUACUGCCUUCGCUUUGUGUACCUUCAAAUUUCUUGCCAAUUGGUAUUGCCCAUUGGUGCAAUUGGUCAUCCCAACCAAUUGGUGCCCUUUGGGUACAAUUAGUCACUCCAACAAAAAACCAAUUGGUCACAUUCCAGUUGGUCCAAAUGGUCCAAUUAUGUACUAAUUUACGAUUGGAAUUGUUCCAAUUGGUACUAAUUGGAAAUUUUCCAAUUGGAGUCAAUUGUU